UGUGGGCGGGGCGUCGCAUAAACGCAGCUAUUUCUUCAGUGGGUCCGAGUCUUCCACAGGUCUGAGUCUAGUUAUCGGUCCUCUGGCGGACUUGUCCUCUCUGGACCGUAUUCUUAACCAAGAAUACUGACGUGAUGCUCCCGCGCGACCGCUCUCACGGAGACGUGAAGGCAGAGUAACGUCAACUCAUUUUCUCCCCCGGAGUACACUUGGAGAACUUGAAGAAACACGGCUGUUUUUGUUUUUCCUGGUAAUGUCGGACCACUUUUACAAAUAAGUCGGCCGGUUCCUUCGCCUCCAUGCGGAAAGAGGAAACGUCUUUGGGUGAAUUUUGUCUCCCGGUGUCCCCGUGAGCUGUCGCGUUUCAGCUCAAAAUGCCUCGUUUGUCGCCGUAGCUCGGCUCCCUUGCUCAGCGCGCGCGCACCCUGCCUCUACUACUGGAAAUACAGGACGUUCCGCGGCGCACCAACCUGGAGUAAAUGGAUCGCCAGUCCAGUUUCGUUUCCAUCUGGCUACAACUGGAACUGUGUGCCAUGGCCGUCCUCCUCACGAAAGGAGAAAUCAGGUGCUACUGUGACGCGCCGCACUGUGUGGCCACGGGCUACAUGUGCAAGUCGGAGGCCAACGCCUGCUUCACCAGGGUCCUCGACCCGCUCAACGCAAACUCCCCCCUCACCCACGGGUGCCUGGAGCCGGGCGCCGCCGACGCCUGCAGCAGCCGGAGAGCUCCCGCCGCCGACGGGCUCAGCGGGGCUCUGACGCUGGAGUGCUGCCAUGACGACAUGUGCAACUACAGAGGCCUGCACGACCUGGCACACACUAAGGACACUGCAGACGGUCGCUACCAGGCGGACGGCAACAACAGGAACCUGGUGACGCGGGUUCAAGAGCUGGGCUCGGCCAAGGAGGUGUGGUUCAGGGCGGCGGUGAUCGCCGUGCCCAUCGCCGGCGGCCUCAUCCUGGUGCUGCUCAUCAUGCUGGCGCUGCGGAUGCUGCGCAGCGAGAACAAGCGUCUGCAGGACCAGCGGCAGCAGAUGCUGUCGCGGCUCCACUACAGCUUCCACGGCCACCACACCAAGAAAGGCCACGUGGCCAAACUGGACCUGGAGUGCAUGGUGCCCGUGACGGGCCACGAGAACUGCUGCCUGACCUGCGACAAGAUGCGGCAGGCCGACCCGAGCAACGACAAGAUCCUGUCUCUGGUGCACUGGGGGAUGUACAGCGGUCACGGCAAGCUGGAGUUCGUAUGAGGUCCUGCUGGGAAGUUAUGCCUUUAAAGACAUUCCAAUGUUCUUCAACCGUUGGACCCAAUCUUUUUUGUUUUUAAACCAGUGGUGAAACGAUACGAGACUGAUCUCAUGCCGUGUGGUUCUUGCUGGAGGAGCACUUUACUUGAAAAUGAAAGGCAAAGCAGCACGGAGCUGCUUCUUUUGUGUGUUUUUUAACUUGAGGGACCUGAGUGUGGCGCUGAGGAUCCUGGACUGUCUACACUGAGCGCUGAAGGAUUCCAAAUUUGUCUUAUUUGCACAUUUGUGAGAAACAAAACGUUGCUUAAAACAAGAUUUUUUUACACUGACAGCAGGGUACAACACAAAGGAUUUGUCGGAGGAGUUAAAAAAAACAACAACAACCCAGUGUUCUGACUGUAGGCGUGCACACUCCUCUGUACGUUUCAUGAUUCAUGCUUAAUGUAAAGAUUCUAAAUAUAUCUAUCUAUUUUUGUCUGAUGGAUCUGACCUGUGUGUGUCCUGUUCCGGGUGAAUGUGCUGCGUCUUUCUGCAGUCAGACGGAAAGCUUGAUUGUGUGUGUGAAAGUAAAACUUCCAUUAAAGGUGACUUUUUAUUUA